AUGCCGAGCUCGGACACGCUCAGCGGCAGCCGGGGUCGCAGCCCCAGCGGCAAGAGGCAGCACCGGAGCGACAGGACACCCGGCUCUGCCGGCGGUGGAGGUGACAGCGGCGGCUUUGGCGUCCCCCCGGGGCCCUCGCAGGCCCGGGACAAGGACCGCUCGGCUUCCAAACACAGGAAACGCCGGGGGAAGCACUCGGCCGAGAGCCGACCCCAGCGGCGCUGCGACGGGAAAAGCGGCCAAGCCUCGGCGUCGAAUCUGGGCCGCAACCCGGCCCGGGCCCUGGUCGAAUACGACGACGUGAGCUCGCAGUCGGAGACAUUCUCGCGGAGCCCCGCGUCCCCCGGCGGCGGCUUCUCAUCCCGUGCGGGCAAAGAGCAGAGCCGAGCCCGGGAUAAAGAGCGGCGGAGGCGGGAGCGGGCGGGGGAGAGCUCGAGGCCCCGCGCCGACAGCAAGGCCAAGAACCGGAGUAAAAACAAGGCCAGGAGCCGGGGCAGCGCCGAGGAGCCGAGCGGCAGCAGCAACGGUCAGCGAGAAGCGUCCGGAGCCGACAAGGAGGCCAAGGCCGGCAGGAGCGCACACCGCAAGGAGCGCGGGGAAAGCGGCAGCGCGGGCGUCAAGGCCGAGAAGGAGCCGCCCGCCGCUUACAAAGAGCCGCCCAAGGCUUACCGCGAGCGCGAGGCCCCACGGGCCUACCGCACCUGCAGCUCUCCCCCGGCCGCCACCAGGAAGAAGUCGCCGAGUCCGCUGUACAGAGACGGCAGCCCAUACGGAGGCGGCCUCUCCUGCUACCCGCAGGCCUACGGCCCGGGCCAUGGUCACAGCUCCAGUCCCCGGCCCGGCGCUUUCGACGUGUACGGCCGCAGUCCGCCGCCGCCGCUCUUCGCCUUCAAGCCCUUCUACGGCUCCCGGGAGUCCAGCGUGCACCCCGGCUACACAGGCCGCUCGCCCAGCCCCUACUCCAGCUGCAGCAGCCGCCGCCACCGCUCCCCCAGCCCCUAUUCCCGCCGCCGCUCCCCCAGCUUCGGCCGUCACCACAGCCCCUAUGAGUACGGGGCGCUGUCCCCCAACCGUUACAGCAGACGCCGCUCCUCCAGCCCUUACAGUCGCAGCCCGGAGCACAGGAGGCUGAAAUCACGAAGUAGAAGCCCUUAUUAUUCUAGACGUUCUAGAUCUCGCAGCAAGCACAGGGUGUCGCGGUCUCGCAGUCGAAAGUCGAGCAUUUCACCAAGCAGUUUAACCUAUAAGAGUAGCCUUGCUGCUGAGCUAAAUAAGCACAAAAAAGCCAGAGCUGUUGAGGCUGCUAAAAACACUGCAAAAAAUGCUAAUGCACUUUUAACUACUGCCAAGACAAGUACGAAUGCCAAUACAACUAUAGCGGCUUCUAUAUCCCAAACAAAAGAGACAAAUAAAUUCAAGUCUGAACGAAUAGGAGUGUCUCCUACAGAUACCGAAAUCCGGUUAAAUGAGAAGCCGAAAGCCAAGGUAAUUACUCAGGAGGUGAAAAUAGAACCCAACACCACUGUGGAUAAAAAGGAGGCAACAGAGGCAACUUUAGGGCAGAAAACUUCUAAAACUCCAACAAUAAGAGGAGAGCUAACAUCAAAGGAAAAGACCAAGCAAGCUGUGCCAAAUGAAGCUGCAAGGGAGAAAGAUAAGAAUCUAGCACCACUAUCAUCAACAUUACCACCACUACCUCUGCCUCCAGUGCUGUCCAAGAAUGAUAAUGAAGAUGCAAGCAGCCCAAACAGUUUUGUUGCAAAAGGAGUAAAGAAGGAACCUGAACGAAAGCUUCGGCAUUUACUAACGGACCUUCCAUUGCCACCUGAACUUCCAGGAGCUGACUUGCCUUCACCUAAAACUACUGAAGAAAAGAAAGUGGCCAUUCAGCCGCAAUUAAAGAAACGACCUAAAAUCUGUGGACCUCGACAUGGUGAAACUGAAAUAACGGAAAUAGAUUGGGGUAAACGUUGCGUGGACAAAUUUGACAUCAUUGGAAUAAUAGGUGAAGGCACUUAUGGACAAGUUUACAAAGCCAAGGACAAAGAUGCUGGUGAAAUGGUUGCUUUAAAGAAAGUCCGCUUGGAUAAUGAAAAGGAGGGCUUUCCAAUCACUGCCAUCCGAGAGAUUAAAAUACUACGACAGUUGAACCACUCCAGUAUCAUAAAUAUGAAAGAAAUUGUGACGGACAAGGAGGAUGCACUGGAUUUCAAAAAAGAUAAAGGUGCAUUUUAUUUGGUAUUUGAAUAUAUGGACCAUGACUUAAUGGGACUCUUGGAAUCGGGAUUAGUACAUUUCACUGAGAAUCAUAUAAAAUCCUUUAUGAGACAAUUGAUGGAGGGUCUGGACUACUGCCAUAAGAAGAAUUUUUUGCAUCGAGACAUCAAAUGCUCCAAUAUUUUACUAAAUAACAGGGGGCAGAUAAAACUAGCAGAUUUUGGGCUGGCCCGGCUGUACAACUCUGAAGAAAGUCGGCCAUACACCAAUAAAGUUAUUACUCUCUGGUAUCGACCGCCGGAGCUGCUGCUUGGGGAAGAGCGAUACACACCAGCUAUAGAUGUAUGGAGCUGUGGAUGUAUUCUGGGUGAACUCUUUACGAAAAAGCCGAUCUUUCAAGCAAACCAAGAACUUGCUCAGUUGGAAUUGAUCAGCCGAAUAUGUGGUAGCCCAUGUCCAGGGGUGUGGCCUGAUGUGAUUAAACUACCUUAUUUCCAUACAAUGAAACCAAAGAAGCAGUAUCGCCGACGAUUACGAGAAGAAUUUUCUUUUAUUCCGGCUGCUGCCCUUGAUCUGUUUGACCACAUGUUAGCUUUGGAUCCCAGCAGGCGUUGUACUGCUGAACAUGCUCUUCAGUCUGAUUUCCUCAGAGAUGUGGAUCAUACAAAAAUGCCUCCACCUGACCUGCCACAUUGGCAAGAUUGUCAUGAACUGUGGAGCAAAAAACGGCGAAGACAAAAGCAGUCGGGAGUUGAUGAUGCUGCAGCACCCAAAGCUCCUCGUAAGGACACCGCCCUAAGUACGGAUGAUAGCCGGAAUAAUACACCUCAAAGCUUGCAACUUUACCAGCAUAAAUCUCAGGGCAAUUCUAAUAUAGGAAUAGGCGGUAAAGGCACUGGACAGCCACUGAACCAGAAUGACCUGGCUAUUCUGAUCAACCUGCUUCAAUCUAAGAAUAGUCUUAGUCUGGACCACCUUGCUCAAGUACUUAAUAUUAAAAUGAAUCCUGAGACUCAGCAGCAACUCAGCACAGUUAGCCUCCCAGUUGGGGUUCUGGCAGCCGCUGCCAAGCAGCAGCAACAAAAAGAGGUCCCGAAAUCACAACUCGUCACUCCUUCUGUGCCAGCGCAGCCACCACCACCCCCACCACCGCCUCCGCUCCCUCCUGCAGUCCAGCCGCCGCAGACAAAGAUUGAGCCUGAGACCGCUCAAGCAACCAUCCAGAGCGCACUUGCUGUGUUACUGACUCAGCUAAUCAAGAAACAGCAACCACAAGGAAAGGAACCUGUCCCAGAGAAAGAAAGUGCUGUGACGGAUGUUGAGGUACCUGUUCAGCCUCCGGAACCACUUGAACCUGCCCCUACUAUAUCUGAUUUUAACAUUGAUGCUUCUGGUCAGUUGGAUCGUAGUGUUCCAGACCCACCCUCUGCACCUGAACACCCCCGAAUCCUGCCUCCAGAUCAGAGACCUCCAGAGCCACCAGAACCACCACCUACUUCAGCAGUCUCAAACUUUCAGAAUGAAGCACAGCGCAGUGCCAGCCCUGGUACUGCGGGUGAUCCUGCUGCAGGUGUGAAGGCAGCACUAUUGGAGCUUUUAGCUCAUCACCAAGCCCAGGAACAGGGCCAAGGACGGACUACUGCUGACUACCGACCGGGUGGUAAAAUUCGAACUGCUGCAGAGUAUGGCGAUGGAUUUGGAACAUCUUAUUCAUCUAGUAAUUACAAUAGUGAUAGUUAUGGCAACAGACUUGGUGGCAGUAGUGGAAUGGGAACUUUUCUGGGCAGACCAGAUGCCCCCACUCACUCACUUCUGGAUAAUGUGUCGUCUGCAUUUGGCGCUUCUUCAUCUCAUGGUAGUGGUGCACACCAGCCUUCUGGCUAUUCGGAUACCUUUUGUAGCUCAGUGACUGGGUAUGGAGAAGGGAUUGGUUACCUCAACAGCACCAUGCAGUUUACAGGUGAUAAAGACCACAGAUUUGAUUACAGCCGUAGUGUUCUACCCCCUCUAGGAAACACUGGAAGUAAUCCAUCAGCAGUACCUGAAAGUACUAAUAGUGCAAAUGUGCCUCUUGCCACAAAACUGCAGAAUUAUGGCUAUGUUGCCAACAGACAGGAAAACCUAGCCUCCAGUGGCCCUAUUCAUGGACAGAGUUGGGGAUCCCCUGGACAUGGAGCAGGUUAUUCUCACGCCUACAGUGGACGUAUUAACACAUCAAACAUAGGAGGAAGAGGCAGAGGUUUACCAUACUAAUUAUAAACCAGACCUAUAUAGCACACCGGAAUGAUACACUGAUAAACAACUGGGUUGUCCUCUGUAUAGUUGUGGUUUGUACCAGGGAUUUUUUAAUGUAUGCUGUACGUUUGAAUACAAAUGCAGAAGUUACUAAAUUUGGCAGGUUGAAGCAUAUUCAAUUACAUGUAGGGAAGCAACAAAGAAAACUCUUGGCUUCUGAGCUGUUCUUUUCCUUGUCCUUGUUUCUACAAUUCAGAUUUUUUAAAAUUAUAUUUUGAUUGUGCAUCAUUUCCCGUUUGACAGGUUAUGCCUGUGUCUAUUAUAGCAGCUCGGAGAUGAACAGCAUUUCUAGGCUGAUCAACUAUUGAGGCAUUUGUUGCUGAACGGUGACGAAACCAUAACAAGGUUAGCCAUAUGUCUACAUUAAACAAUUUUAUAGGUUUGGACCAACUGUCUUCUGUGAGCUGCUGAGUUUUGCAAGGCUCUUAGGUAGUGUGCUUUUUUAUUUUUUUCUUACGACUAUUGGCAGAUAACUAACUGUCAGAUCUUAAGUGUGAUGUUAUAACAGGAAAUGUGAGUAUCCACAUUGUACCUGAACUAAAAACAUCAGUGUGGUUUACCUGAUUUAUAAAAUGGAGACCGCAAGUAUUUGGUCAUUUUUUUAAGUCAAAUUAGAAGAUUUGAGUAAAAUACAUGCAAACUGAAACUGUUGCCUUGUUUUGUAUUUUUAUCAGACAAUUCUUACUAAAAAAAACAAAGAAAUAUAAAAAUGUAGCAAACACCUGGUUGUUUCAGUGUUUGUCAUAAAUCUUUGUAAUCAUUUAUUUGGCUAGUUUAAUUCUACCUGUUUUUUGAAAUAAACUGAAAUAAUGAGUUUUGUUAUUGAAAAAAAAUUGAGUGGGUUUAAGCUAGAUUUGGAAACAGGGUGACUGGGAUGUGUACAAUUUGGUGAAUUUGGCAUCAUACGUUGGAUGUUGUCCUUUGUCUGCAAUGGUUGAAACAAAAAAUAUUACCACUGCCUCUAAGAGUGUUGCAGGGCAGUUAUUCAGUCUUCGAUUUACUCGAGUUUUAUUCUUCUUUGUAAUGCCUUCUUACUGCCUUGCAGUUCUUUUAGAAUUAUCCAUUAAAUAAUUCAAUGUCAUCAAUGUAAUCGGAGGCAAACCAUAAUGAAAAAGCUGACUGAGUAUAGUGGGCAAUAGUUAUGGCAUAUCUUUAACAUUCUCGGAAUCUUAAGAAUUAUUGUCAUUUUCAUUUUUUGUUUUGCUCUAAAGGAGCAGGAAAGAGAAUUAGAACCGUUUUUGCAAUUAUUACAGCAAUAUGAAUUGCAACCCAAGCUCCAUCACAUAGUUAAAAAGUGGCCCAAAUUAGUUGAAUUCUCAGGAUGGGGUGGGGUGGGUGGGUUAUAUGAUUUACAUGAGAGUAUAAGGCAUCCACAGAGAUUGGUACAUUUUAGGCCAGCACAUGAUCAAGAUGAAUUGCACAGGUCUGCUUUACAUUGUAAUGUUCAAUGCAUAAUUUCUACCAUCAGGUUAUAUAACAUUGAACACUGCAUUUUAGUGUAAUGUGUUGCAAUAUUCUGUUAGACUUUAAACACUGAUAUUUUACACUUGUUUCACCCUUAAAAAAAAGGUCCCAAAUAAACCAGUGAUUUUUUUGUCACAUUAAUAACCUUGCUGAAAAUAUCACUUGAUGUGUUACAAAGCAAGCAUAACUUGUUGUGGCUUAAAAAUAACUAGAUAAAUCAUAAUGGUUUCCAACCAUUUGUGGAUCUUACAGGCAAACAUAAAAUCAUACCCAUGUUGAUUUUCACUGCAAUUUCAAAAUAUUAAAGGAUGUUGCACUUGAUGGGGGAAGGGGACUGGAAGGCGUAAUGUGUGUUGAGACAAUUGGUGAUAGAGAUUCCUUGUAAAGUUGAGUACAUUUUUAUUAGGUCUUUUUCACUGGCAGAUAAAUCCAGUUCAAUUUGGAGUUGCAGUUCAAUAUUCAGUUCAAAAUCUUGUUUAAAACAAAUGGACAUUUUGAGUUUCAGUGUUGCUGCUCUAUUUCCUGUGCCCGCACUAUUGCCUUUAAUGCAUAUAAUAAAGAUCUCAGGUGCCCAGCCAAUACUGGAUAUAUUUAUUGUGAUUAAAUAUUGCUGUCCUGUACAGUAGCCAUUACUGUUACACAUGUGCAAAUUGAGUCCUGUACUUUUGUCUCACAUGCACAAAAGGUACAGAAUAGAAAUCAUUCCAAAAUUACAAUACACUUGGGAUAAAUGGGCAUGUUCAUAUUUCAGUGAAAACCCAGGUGUAAAAUGCUCACCUUCCCAGCCUAAAUCAGUUGUGUUUAUUGUGUUUAUUUUCAAAUUCAGAGAUGUUUUUUGUUGGCCUACUUCAUCUCCACGUACAAAAAAAGAAAAGAUAUUUAUACUGUAAUAUGUUCUAUGAAUACUAUGGCCUUUUCAAAAAGUUUCAUGUAAUUUGUUAAAUUGAAUUCUGGCAUUGUAAUUUUGUAUGGAUCUGUAAAUAAAGAUGGAGAUUAAUUUCUGCAGAA